CUAUGAUUCACUGGGCUGCACAUUUGUCUGCAGCUCUUCUCUUGAAGAAUGCUAUCUCACCCGAUUAUUGGAAAAUCAUGUAGGAAGGUUUGUGCACUCGUGCAGAAAAAGAACUUAGGUAGAGCUGAAAAAUGCCCAUGGGUCAUAAUUUCUCAACUGUGACCAUCAUGCUCCAGGUGUGUGUCAUGCUGUGUUUGGUGUCAGUUGUCUUCUCCCAAACAUAUUCCUUGCCCAAGAAAGGUCACAACAUCACCAUCCACUCCUCCCAGCUGGUCUGCAGUCUACCAGGCCCAGCGGGGCCUGCCGGGAACCCCGGAGCCCCUGGAUCACCAGGGGCCAUGGGCCCCAUGGGCCCCCCAGGGAAGGAUGGCCCAGAUGGGAAGGAUGGAGAGAAGGGAGAAAAGGGAGAUGGAGGUGAUCCAGGGAGGACAGGGAACCCAGGCAAGCCAGGUGUGAAAGGGCGUGAAGGUGUCAUCGGCAAGGCUGGACCUCGAGGACUGAAGGGGCCACGAGGAGCACCGGGCGUAGCUGGAAAACGAGGACAGAAAGGAGAUCUGGGUGAUGUGGGCCAGCCAGGAGCUCAAGGAGGGUGUAAUUGUGGCAGUGCGGCCCGAUCAGCCUUCUCUGUGGCGGUGACAAAGAGCUACCCUAAAGAGCGAUUGCCCAUCCGCUUCAGCCGGAUUCUGCUGAAUGAGGGGAAUCACUACAACGCCAGCAGUGGGAAGUUUGUUUGUGAGGUCCCUGGGGUCUAUUAUUUCACAUAUGAUAUCACUCUGGCAAAUAAGCACCUGGCCAUCGGGCUGGUCCACAAUGGACAGUACAAGAUCAAGACAUUUGAUGCAAACACAGGGAACCAUGAUGUGGCGUCUGGUUCUACUGUUCUCCACCUGCGGCAGUCAGACCAGGUGUGGCUUCAGAUCUUCUACUCGGAGCAGAAUGGACUCUUCUUUGACCCUUUCUGGACAGACAGCACCUUCACUGGCUUUCUUAUCUAUGCUGACCAGGACUAUCUCACUGAGGCUGAUAGAAAAGCUAAUGCUAAAGAUGACAGUUAAUCCUGAUAUAUUUUUAUUUUAUUUGAAUAAUUUGCUUAAUUCUGAUAUCAAAAUGUUAAGAAAAUUUGAAAAGAUUCUUCCAGGUGGUCUUUAGUGACUUUCACUUGUUUAACUAGUUCUGACACUAGGGGGCACACAAGGAAAGAAAAGUCCUUAGCACCAAAGCACCAUAGACUGUAUAAAACUAGGGGACCAAUUAGUUUAACAUUGAAAAGCUAUGUUGUGUUUCAUCUGCAGUAUCCUUCAUGGUGCUAUGAUUCUGACAAAAUCUUUUUCAAAUUUCUCGAAUAAGAAUUAUUUGCACUCCCCUGGUUUGUUUAAAUUGAUCUUUGACUGAACUGUUUUUUAAAAACACAAAGACAACAUAUACUUGGCAGUGAAAUUAAUAUAUUGCUAUAUUAAUUUUACAGUAGGCCAAAAUGUAUUCCUGCAGCACACAAGAUGGUGUGUAUGUUUGCCAUGUGAUGCCCUAAAUUAUGGAUCCUGUAAUUUCUACAUUUUAAACAGUGAUUCAUUUAACAUUUGCCUUGACACAACUUGGCUAACAUGUUCUGUAAUCAAUUUAUUUCCUAAUUUGUAUUCUUUCUACAUCA